UGUGACAGUAUGAGUUUUUCGUAAAAAUAAAUAUUUUCAUCCAGUUUUAUCGAAUGAAAAUACGGUAAUACUGAACGAAAAUUCGUAGUCAACGAAAUGAACUAGUCGAAUACGCCCAAUGUUGUUUUUUUGUGGAGGCGUGCGUCAAAUUACAAUGGGAACCCUCAGCCGUGCCGGUAGGCAUAACAUUUUACACAAGAUACUCUCUACUUUUCCAGCUGGUAUCAACUACGCAUUUGCAUAUGGUUCAGCUGUUUUUAAACAGCAGAAUAAUAUCGAUUCCAAGAAUAUGAUUGAUUUGAUAUUUGUGGUUGAUGAUCCUUCCGAGUGGCAUGCAGCAAACCUCCACCAGAACUUGCAUCAUUAUUCCAUGCUGCGACAUUGUGGGAGUGAUUCCAUAGCUAGUAUACAGGAUAACAUUGGAGCUGGUGUGUACUAUAACACAAGAGUUGAGUGUCAAAAUAUGGUUCAAGUCUGUAAAAACACAGAAAGCAAGAAAUUAAAAAGAGCCUUAUGGCGGAACCAGUUCAGUGCCGUUUUCACAUCCCUGUUGCUACUUCCAGAAGAAUUCAGUGAAGAGAAAUUAUUUUGUACCAUUACGGGUUUGUCCUAUUCAGGUGACUUUAGAAUGAUCAUAGGAGAAGACAAAGGAAAAGUAGCAAACAUCGUGAAGCCAAAUUUGAAAUAUUUUCGAUCAAAAUAUGCCAAUAUACUGGAAACCCUUGAACAUAUGCACUGGUGUCCCAAUACUGGAUUAAUACAGCAAGACAAAAGUGCAGAAUGUUUGUAUUCUCAUCUAAAUCGACUUCCAAUGAAUCUCCAGCGUACAAUUGUUAGACUAGCAGAUGUUAAAAGAUGCGGGCAUGAUCAGACUGUGCUCAGAAACACGGCUCAGGACCAUCAGCUGUGCUCAGAUUAUGUUGCUAAGGCUGUAAGGCAAAUUGUUGCUUACACUAGCAUUACACAGAGUAUUAAAGGGAUACUAACAGGAGGGAUCCAGAAAAGUAUCCUGUACAGUGCAGAAAAACUGAAGAAGAUGUGGAAAGGAGGAAAAACAUCAUGAUCAGCAAUCUGUACUCAUAUCCAUAUAAAAUAAAGUAAAACAGUGAAACAUCGCAUCAAAGAAUAAACUAAGACCAAAGUAACGUGGUAUCGUUUAUUAACCGUAAAAUAUUAAGAGAAAACAAAGAAACCCUUAAAUAAUAAUCAGAGAAAUAAAACAAUUAGUGUACAUCACUUGCUCUGCUCUACUACUACUACUACUACUCCUCUAUUGUUUUACAAAAUUAAAUUUUGGUAACCUUGUCUAAAUCUGUAUUUUGCUGUAUUGUUUUUAUUUUUCAAUACUCUGACAACAUUUGUUGCUGUUGGAUGGAGAACAAAUAUUAUAAAUACAGUUUGAGGCCACACUAUGUUUAUAUUUGUUGAUUAUAAAUAAUAAAUAUUUAUAUAAAGGAGCCAAAUGUGUAUGGUCUAUAUUGUUCUAUAAGCUGUAUUCACACUGUCACCAUGCCUGUAUAUGGUGAAUUUGCCAAAAAAAAAGCUGUAUUCACACUGUCACCAUGCCCGUAUAUGGUGAAUUUGCCAAAAAAAAAAA